AUGGAUGACUUGUUUGAUUCUUCACUGAACUUGGAGGACACCCACUACAAGGAAGGCUAUGACGAAGGCUACAGCCAUGGCCUUGUCACUGGCAAGGAAGAAGCUAGGCAGGUCGGCCUCAAGGUUGGCUUUGAGGUGGGCGAGGAGCUUGGUUUCUAUAGGGGUUGUGUCGACAUCUGGACUACUGCGAUCCAGCUCGACCCAACCUGUUUCUCUCCACGGGCCACAAAAAUUAUUGGCCAGUUGGAGGAGUUGAUCCAGAAAUACCCUCUCAUGGAUCCGGAAAAUGUACAAGUGCAAGAGAUCAUGGAUAGCCUCAGGCUCAAGUUCAAGAUGGUUUGUUCUUCCUUGCAUGUCAAACUUGAGUAUAAUGGUUAUCCAAAAUCUUCUACAGAAGCCAAUGAUAUUCAAUUUUGA